AUGCUGCGCUUGCUGGUGUUCACCACUCUGGUCCUUCGUGGACAUAGUGCCCAGGACUUUCCAGAAACCAACGCCCGGGUAGUUGGAGGGACUGAGGCCCGGAGGCAUUCUUGGCCCUCUCAGCAAACAUCACCAAAUGACGGAACACUCUUUUCUGCUGGUCCCAGGGGCAUCUACACGCCCCUUCUCACCACUACUCCAGGUAGCCUCAAUAGCAAAAGGUCAAAUGAAAACAAUUCGCCAUCUCUAGCCCAGAAAGUUGGAGAAUGUUCUGAGAUUUCCCUCCAGUACCAGUCUGGAGGUUCCUGGUUUCACAUCUGUGGAGGGACCCUCAUCAGACGGAACUGGGUGAUGACAGCUGCUCACUGUGUGGACAAACAAAUGAGCUUCCGUGUGGUGGUUGGAGACCACAACCUGAGCCAGAACGAUGGCACCGAGCAGUUCGUGAGAGUGCAGAGGAUCGAGGUGCAUCCCCACUGGAACAGCAAUAAUGUGGCUGCAGGCUAUGACAUCGCCCUGCUGCGCCUGGCCCAGAACGUCACCCUCAACAGCUAUGUCCAGCUGGGUGUUCUGCCAAAGGAGGGAACCAUCCUGGCUAACAACAGCCCCUGCUACAUCACAGGUUGGGGCAGGACCAUGACCAAUGGGCAGCUGGCCCAGACCCUGCAGCAGGCUUACCUGCCCACCGUGGACUACGCCACCUGCUCCAGCUCCUCUUACUGGGGCUCCACCGUGAAGAAUACCAUGGUGUGCGCUGGAGGAGACGGAGUUCACUCUGGAUGCCAGGGUGAUUCUGGGGGUCCCCUUCAUUGCUUGGUGAAUGGCCAGUACACUGUCCACGGUGUGACCAGCUUCGUGUCCAGCCUGGGCUGUAAUGUCUCCAGGAAGCCCACAGUCUUCACUCGGGUCUCUGCUUACAUCUCUUGGAUAAAUAACGUCACUGCCAACAACUGAACAUUUUCUUGGGUCCAACGGCCUUCCCAAGAUGAUUCUUAGAUCCACAGCAGGACUUGAGGCCAUCCAGGAAAAACCAUUCUAACAGACUACUGAG